AUGAGCUUCAGUGGCAACUCCGACGAGAUAAUAUGGCAAAUUAUCGGUCAGCAAUUUUGCGCGUUCAAGAUUAAAACCAACAAAGCCCAGACAUUCUGUCGUAAUGAGCACAACGUUACAGGUCUCUGUAACCGCCAGUCAUGUCCUCUCGCAAACUCGCGAUACGCUACAGUCAGGGAGCAUCAAAACCGGUUGUAUUUGAUGAUCAAAACUCCAGAAAGGGCCCAUCUCCCAAGCAAACUUUGGCAACGCUACAAACUGCCUAGCAACUACUCCAAGGCAUUGUCCAUGAUAGAUGAGAAGCUUAUAUACUGGCCUAAUUUUCUCAUUCACAAGUGCAAGCAACGUCUCACCCGCUUGACACAGGUUCAAACUCGCAUGCGUCGUAUUGCGGCCGAGGAGGAACGGUUGGGUGAAAAGCUUGUUCCUAAGAUGGCCCCUAAGAUCAGACACCGUGAGCAGGCUCGUGAGCGCAAGGCCGAGGCUGCUGCUAAGCUGGAGCGAACCAUUGAGCGUGAGCUUGUUGAGCGUCUUCGACAGGGCGCUUACGGUGACCAGCCCCUCAAUGUCAGCGAGUCUAUCUGGAAGAAGGUUCUCAAUGCCAUGGAGCGCGAUGGCGAAGGCCAACGUGACAAGGACAUGGACAAGGGUCUUGACGAGAACGGCGAGGAGGUUGAGUGGAGCGAGGAGGAAGACGACAACCUGGAGCAACAGGUUGAGUAUGUUUCCGAUAUUGAGGAGAGUGACGAGGAGCUCGGCGACCUCGAGGACUGGCUCGAGAGCGAAAACGAGGAGGAGGACGAAGAUGAGGACGAUGAUGAUGACAGCGAAGAGUCCGAGACCGAGAAGUCUGGCAACAAGCGAAAGCGUGGACGUGCUAUCAAGAUGAAGAACAAGAAGCCCAGACAGGAGGAGAAGGAGAAGCUGAUGCUCACCAACGAUCUCACAUGGUAA